AUGGCAGACAAAGGCAAAAAGGGCAAAGGGGGGGUCCCUCCUCCAGCCGGCAAAGCCCAGGACACGAAGAAGGAGGAUGAUCCACAAGUAAAGACACUUCAGCCCAAGGAUGAAGUGGGCACGAGGAAGGGGUGUCGCCGCUACCAAUGGGAAUUAAAGGACAGCAACAAAGAGUUCUGGAUUAUGGGGCAUGCCGGGGUCAAGAUCCUGAGCGUGGGCUGCCUAAUAGCUGCGCUGGUCAUGUUCACUGGGACCGCAGUGCACCCCCUUCUGACACUCAUCAUCACCAUGGAACUGUCAGUCUUCGUGUUCUUCAUCAUUGUCAACUCCUUCGCCAUCCAGAGAUACAUGCCCUUCAUCCUGUGGCCCAUUUCUGACCUUCUCAAUGACCUGUUUGCCACGAUUUUCCUGGUGGGGGCUGUGAUCUUUGCUGUACAAAAUCGACAAACUAUGCCAAUGAACUACUUUAUUGCUGUGGUCCUUAUUGGUGUGGCGGCAUUUUUUCCUUUAAUCGAUAUAUGUCUUCAAAGAAAACACUUCAGAGGCAAGAAGGUCAAAAGGAAUGUGCUGGUUCCUCCUCCAAGAAAGGAAGAGCCAGAUGCAAAGCCAAAGGAAGAAGCAAAACCAGCGGAGAGGAAAUUGAGUUCUGCUUCCUCAGAACUGUGCAAGGAGGAGAUAGGAGUGACCUGGGAUCUAGUUGAGGCCUUGGUGGUGGUUGAGAAGUUGAAGGAGAUGAAAACAAUUUAA